AUGGAAAAUACGAGGCCAGAGGCACAGCAGAAGCCUUUCUCCGAGGUCGAUAUCACACCCACACCAGAAAUCACAUUACCACGCCAACAAUCGGAUAUUUCAUCUGACGUGUAUCCGGCUCCAUUGCAGACAAGUUUGUCAUCAGAUAGGCUUUCACGGUCACAAACAGGGAGCCCACCGCUGAGCAACCCUGAGACUGAGACACGCCCACUACAGCCAUCGGCCGUGUCUUCAACGCGUCACGAGCGGAUGCCCUCAGUAAACUCUCUACCACCAAAGGAAGGACAGUUCGGGGUUGUAUCAAGUAGCGGACAGCUGGUGUGCGAGUUCAGGCCAACGCCUAACACAGACGAAGCUCCACAACCACCAUCGAAGGAACAAUUUGCCGAAACCUCGUCAUCAUUUUCAGAACAGAAAUCACCAGAAGAAUCAGUAUCACCUCCACCACAGGGAGGCAGUCGGCCGCACGCCGCAUCUCUGAGUAGUGCACCGGAGGGUCCGACAAUCAGCACGUUGGAGCUUGCGGUCGACUAUAGCAAUUACCCAGAGGUAUAUCUCCCGAACGAAGAGGAACGACCAAAUUUGCCGCCGCGGAGUCCAAUCCCACGAAAAUCACUCCCGAUGGACGACUCCACGCCUGCGCCGGCGUAUUCGACCCCGGCGGACUAUCAAAGGAUUGGAUAUACCGGGACGCUCGACAUGUCGAGCGCGGUGGCCACGGUGACGCCUCUCCACAUGCUGGGGGACCAGUCAGACAUGAUCGAUUGUCCGUUCUGUAUGAAGCGAGUCGAGACGUCGGUCAAGAAGAAGGCGUCCAGCAUGACACACACCUGGGGCACUGUCCUAUUCUUCACCACUCUCUUCGGCGUGGUGGCGCCAUACUGCUGCGACUGGUAUGUCAAUGUCGAGCAUUAUUGCAAGAACUGCAAGCGGAAGGUUGCGCAGAAGAAGUUCAACAGCGACGAGAUGGAAGCGCUUGGGACGCGACCUGAACACAGACAGGUAUCGUACUUCGAACCAGCGGAGAAGCCGACGAAGAAGUUUCGGUCAUAG